AAAAAAAAAAUCAUAAAUAAAACUAUCUUUGUCUAUCUACCAAAAUUUUCUGUGCAGGUGGAGCCAUUAAGGCGUGCCUCUGACCUGAGCACCUGUGGAGAGAACGUUGUCGCCACUCGCCGGUCGUUUUCGUCCGAGGGACUGAACCUGCGAGAUUCGACAAACAUCGUGUGGCAAAGUUGGGCGUGGGAAUUUCUACAUAGUGCGAAGGGAUUUUCAAAAGGACUUUUUUAUUUUUUAUUUGUUAAAAAACGAGUCAUUCGUUGUCCGUUCAUUUAUGAGUUAUGACAGAAAGGUAGCUGCAACCGGCAAGGGAUGUUCAUCUUAUUAUACAUGCCCUCUUUACGACCAUGAAAACAUUUUGAUUGUGGCGCCGUGCUAUUUGGUGAAAUGGGUACGUCUUAUUUAUGCUUUUUCACUUUUCCCAGGGAAUAGGCAUUUCAGACGGAUAUGGCCUGGAAUUCUAUAUAUGCUAUCAUGACGUAGGUUCUAGGAGUUGCUGAAGUCUCUUGGUGGCUUAUUUCUUUGAAACUUCUCUGUCUAGAAAUGUGUUCAUUUCGGUGGCUUUUGUUGCUGACAUUGAUUGAUUACUGACGGCUUUUGAAAUUUUGACGUAAACUUGUGGAUAUUACUUCUGAGUUCUUUUUGUUCCUUCCUUGUUUAUAAUGCCAGUGGAAAAGCAUGACAAGUCGUUAUGUUCGUGAAUGAUAGGAUUCUAAUGGAUUUUGAAUUGGUACUUGGGUGGAGGAAAAUGUUUUUCGCCAAUGAGGGAUUCUGGUCUUAUUCUUCUCUUAGGGUUUUGCAGCUUUCCAUCCUAUAGCCUAUUGUUGCGACAACUUUUGAAGGCAGUUGCAGUAAAAUUAAUGGAAUAUUUUUUCCUUGGCCGUUUGAUGUUAACGAUUGAAAGAAAGAAGAUAAUUUGUAUUGUGGGAUUUGGAUAGUGCUUUUUUCUCCGUGGAAGGGAGAACAAAAAAAUGGAUUUGUGGGUUGUUGCAGCUGCUACAGGAGCCGGGUAUUUGGCUAAAUAUUGGAACAGAAUUUCAAAGAAUAGUGAUAGCACAUUUCAGUUGUCCUUGUCAUCAGAGGAUUCCAAAGUUGAGAAUUCUGAGUCCCUUGGCUGUUCCUUCGCCAGACAAGGAUGGAAAGAUGGAUUAGGCAAAGAUUUUUCUUCAAAUGUAUAUUUACUGGAUAGUCCUUCGGCCGGAGAAUUGGAUUCUACUGCUAUCAGAGGGCUUGAUAGUGAAAAAAUAAGAGGCUUAAGAACUUACAGUAAGAACAGUGUAGUUUCUCUAUCAAGCUUAUCAUUACCAAUCUCACCAAAUGAGAACUAUAAGGACAUUGAAGAUGUACAAAGUUCUAACAUUGACAGCAAUUAUGGAUUCCAGUUUUCUGAUUCUUCUGCUGAAUCUGGGUGUAAUUAUUAUUCUGCUGGAAGUAAAAUCUCUCUCAGGACUAGACAUUUGCAUGGACAUUUUAUUAGACCUGUAAGUUCGUUAGACAGUUGCUUACUGGCGCAGCUGUGCAUGGAACAUGCCAAAUUAGAAGAAUAUGUCUUUAGCUCUCGUUCAUCACCCUCCACAGCCACAAGGUCAUUUCUUGUUAGUGAUGGGAGCCGAAUAAUCAGCAGAAAAAGUAUUGAUUCUUCCAGUUCAUUGAUUCAAAGUGAGGAAUGUAAGCUGCAUGAGAAAGACUUUCACGAAAAAGAUGAAAAUGUAUUUGGAAUUCCAUCUUUUCCAAAAUUUGGAUCUUUGGAGGAUCCUAAGAAGAUGAAAAUUAAGGUAGGAAAAGGGAGAAGCGGAAGAUUGAGCUUAUCCAAUAAUUUGUACAACAGAAAGCCCAUGCAUUCUCAAUAUGAUGCAAUGUUCCUCUUCAGCCUUGGAAUUUCUUUUGGCAUGAUAGCUUCCACCAUGGCAAAUAAAAGAGAAGUCGACAAUAUAAGAGGCUUGUUGAAGCAAACUGGGAACUUGGUUCAAGAUCUACAAGAGGAACUUGAAAUGAAAGAUUCGGUCACUGUGAAGGAGUUGCAUAAUGAGAAUUAUGGUCCGCAGGACAUGUGUGAUAAUUCCUUUUAUAAGAAAGAUAUGAGCAGAUGUUCCCCUGAAAAGCAUAUCGGUGCCUCUCCGAGAAAUAACAACAAAGAGUUACAUGAUCAUAGGGAAGAAGAAAGUUCAGGAUCUAUAAGCAAAAUUGAAGCUGAGCUUGAGGCCGAACUUGAGAGAUUGGGUUUGACCAUGAAUACAUCUAGCCUGGAUAGAAGACUAUCUGAGCUUGUUGAGCUUGACCCAGAAUUUGAAGCAGAUUUUGCUCAAGGUGAGUUGCAAACUGACAAGGUCAGUGGGAAAGCUUUUGCGCACCGAAAAUCAAAUGGUGAUGCUAGUGACAUUUCCCCACCUCUUGCCACAACUUAUGCUGUUUCUCCUCGUGAACUGAGUCUGCGUUUGCAUCAAGUUAUACAAUCCAGACUUGAGGAACGUGUGAAGGAGCUUGAGACUGCCCUUGAAAAUAGCCAGAGGAAAGUGCAAAUGAUGGAAUCCAAGCUCAGUGGUCAUCACCAAAGGGAGUUCCCAGGUUGUGAACUGGCAUCCCCGUUUACUGGAGAGACUUCAUCGGCUUAUGAUGAGUGGGACCAUCCUCUUCUUGUAAAUUUAUCAGAUGAGGCACUGGAUGCUUAUAAUGAGGCUUAUGAAGAGUUAAUAAAGAGAGAUGACUCGGAAGAGAACUCACUCUCAAGCAUUCACAACGUUGGCCCCGAGGAAGGUUCACAUUCACAUGGUUGGCGUGCACUGGGAAUUCAGCUUGGUGGAGCAAAUGGUUCUGUAAGUUAUUCCACAGUUAAUGGAGACAAAGUGUCAGGAGAAACUACUUCAAACCAGGUUACCAUGUUGGAAGGCCAAAGCUCGGAUGUAUCUGAAUUAAAUGUUCUUGGUGAUGAAAAGAGUGGUUUUGAUUAUGAGAUGGAGUUGAUUUGGAAGAUUGUUGAAAGGACUAAGAAAGGCUCUCCUGUCUUUCAGAAUGCACAGAGGAUAUUGGAUUCAAUGGAUAAAGAUGAAAAUUGAUUUAAAUACAUAAUAUUUUAGGAGGAAUUGAAGAGGGUAAUCCUAAAUUCCUGGAGAUUUUGAUCCCUUUUACUGAAUCCCUCAUUGACAAAUUGAGGGAAAGCUAGUUUGUGUAAUUAGGUUAAACUGGAGAUGUACACACGCAGAACUGGAAUGUUGAGCUAAAUGAUUGCACAAAUGCAUCAAGAGAUUCGAAGUGUUGUUUGCUAGAUGAAAUGGGAAUCGAUUUUGCAUAUGAAGAAGCCAUUCACUUUGCAAAUACGUUAGCUGGACUUGCAAGUGAUAUUGAGAACUAUUUUUGCUACUUUGGUCACACUGAAAAGAUCAAACCUCUUGCACGGUUCUGAUUUGCCUAGUUAUUGAAAGUUUCGGCUCUUGUUAAAACAACCACAAGGUUUGCAGCAGCAGAAGCCAUUUUCUCACUCCUCAUGAGAGAUGUUUGAAGGAGAAAUAACUCCUGAACAUCAGUGAUCAAUCCCUAGAUUUUGUUUAACAAUGCAGCUUUAAUGAUGCCCCAAGAUUCGCCUCCUUUAUUGCACCUAUUAGUGUGUUAACUAUUGAAUUGGAAUCAAA